AUGCGCAAAGUCGUUAAGAACUUAGAUAGGCUAUCAGAUGGAUUGUGUAGGGUUAUAGAUUUGGCAGAGUUAGUGAGGAACGUACACCCAGAUACCAGAUGGGUCCAAGCAGCGGAUGAAACCUAUGAUAGACUUUGUGAAUACAUGAACGAACUCAAUACACAUGUUGGAUUAUACCAAGCACUCAAAGAGACUGUACACAGUCCUACUAUCGAUUUAGACUACUCUGCUAAGCAGGUAGCACUCAUGUUCUUGCGAGACUUUGAGAAAUCAGGUAUUCACCUUUCAGAUACAUCCAGAAGGAGAUUUGUCGAGCUUUCAUCGGAGUCUUUAUUGUUAGGAAGGAAAUUCUUGAUGAAUCAAGGUCAAGAUAGUCCAGCAAGGAGGGUUACACUAUCACCAGCUGACCUCACAGGUAUUCCUACUGAGUUUUUAAGAACUUUACCAGCACCAGAUAGGAAAGGCAACAGGACAAUGGAUGCUCAUGGUUGGGAAGCCCAAGUUCUGCUUAGGUUCUCACCUUCCCCUGAUGCACGACUCAAAAUACACGUAGCAUCGAACGCAGCAAGUGAAGAAGAAGUCGAAACGCUAGAAAAGCUAAUGGAAUCACGUGCUGACAUUGCUAAGCUUAUCAAUUAUCCAACUUAUUCUCAUGUCGCACUUUCAGAUAAGAUGGUCGACGAUCCUAACCAAGUUAUGGCCUUCUUGGAGUCACUUGUAAAUGUCAAUAAACCAUUUGCUGGUCAAGACAUCAACAAAUUGGCUACAACUGCUCAACAUACUCUCGGCUUACCUUCCACACCAUCAAUUAAAGCAUCGGAUAGGGAAUUCUUCCUGCAAUUACGUGCUAAUAGUGUAGGCGCUAACUCAUCAUUAGAACCACUUGCACCAUAUUUAUCAUUGGGUAAUGUCAUACAUGGAUUAAGCACUGUAUUGGAACAUCUUUACGGUAUUAAGUUUGUACCUCGUGAAGUUGAAGCAGGAGAAGUCUGGGAUCCAAGUGUGAGGAGGUUAGAUGUAUACGACAACUCCUCUAAUGCAAUUGUUGGUACCAUUUACGCAGAUCUGUUCGCAAGACAUCCAAAGCAAGGUACUGCUGCUCAUUAUACCGUACAAUGCUCGAGAAGAGUUGACGAUGAUGACUUUGUUCCUGGGGAAGAUGAUAGAAGAGCAGCAGGCUCGGUUAUUAGUAAUCAAGCUGGUCGAUUUCAAUUACCUAUUGUCGUAUUAGCAUGUACUUUUGAUAAGCCAACGGCUAAUCAACCAACAUUACUCAAUUGGCAAGAAGUAGAGACUAUUUUCCAUGAAAUGGGACAUGCUAUUCAUUCCAUGAUUGGUAGAACAGAGUACCAAAACUGCUCUGGUACGAGAUGUGCAACUGAUUUCGUCGAAUUACCAUCAAUUCUGAUGGAACACAUACUCGCAAAUCCUAAAAUCCAAUCUGUAGUUGGUAGACAUUGGAAGAAAGGUAAGAGCUUGUCGCCAGAACUAGUGAAAGCGCAUUUAGACCAAUUGAACGCCUUACCCGCACUUGAAACUCACGGCCAGCUCUUAAUGGCCUUGAUAGAUCAAGCUUACCAUUCUCAACAAGCUCCUUUGAAUGGUAAACUAGGCUGGACGACAGAUAUGUGGUAUAAUGUUCAAUCUCAACAUGGUGUCUUACCACCAAUCAAGGGAAAUGCUUGGCAAGUACAAUUCGGACAUCUCUUUGGCUAUGGUGCAACAUACUACUCAUACCUAUUUGAUAGAGCACUCGCAUCAAAAGUGUACAAAGACGUACUCUCUCAUGACCCAUUGAGUGGAGAAUCAGGUCAGAGAUUACGCGAUGAAGUACUUCGCUGGGGAGGUGGACGCGAUCCAUGGGAAAUGCUAGCUGGCUUGCUUGGUGGAGAAGACGCAGAACUCAUAAUGAAAGGCGGCGUUGAGCGUAUGAGAGCAGUAGGAAAUUGGGGAGCGGGUGAUAUUGGCGUGUCGAUGAAGUAA